AUGGCCCGCAGGUCUGAUGUGGUGAAGAAAGUCCUGCGGUACAAACUUCAGCUUACAGACACAGCAGAGUCUGCUACGGUUCUAAAAACCUUACAGAAACUCAAGGAUCUGGAUAUCACAUUAGACAUUCUUGCUGAAACUGGAAUAGGCAAAACUGUGAACUCCCUGCGCAGACAUGAAGAAGCUGGAGAAUUUGCCAAGUCGCUGGUUAGAGGAUGGAAAAAACUGGUCCCUAAGAAUCCCACAAGUGUCACAGAAGACGGGACCAUGUCAGACAGUAUGUCUGUUAAAGACAAACUGGAUGACCAAAAUUGUCCAAAUGAUGAAGGCUUGACAAUAGAGGAUUUAAACAAUAAUUGCUUUACAUCACAUGGCAAGAGUCAGGAAACUUCAAAUGAGCCUUUAUUCAAAACGGGUAAAAGAAAAGCUGAUGCAGAGAAACUGUGUGAAGAGCAGAAAAGAAAAAAGGACCGGAAUGAAUUCCAGAAUAUCUUGGAAAAUGUUGAAAUCUUGAGCAAAAAAAACAAAAUCCAAAUUCAAGAUCAUUCCAAGGAGAGGAACAAUUAUGAUGAUAAUGACUGUGAUAGUGUGCUUGGAAACAAAAACUCAGUGGACACUAUUCAGAAAUCCAGGCCUGACUCCAACGAAAAACUGGAAAGCAGUUCUGAUUGUGGAGGUUUUGGGUCAGAAAAAGAGCCAAAUAAGAAAUCAAAGCCAUCAAAGGUAUCACUAAAGGAUGGUAAAGAAUCUUUUUCAUAUGACUCCAGUGACAAAUACUCAAAAAAGUCGUUCAAACUAGGCCAUGUUGAAGAGGACAGAUCUUCAGGAAUAUCAAGUAGCUCAGAGGCCCAAAACAGAAAAAAGAAGAAAAAAGAAAAAGAGAAGCACUCCAGUCAUAAACGUGAAGAGUCUGAAUAUGCAGGACAUUCAAAACCCCAAACCAAAAAGACCAGAAGAACGCACAAAGACAAAAAAAAUGCCAGUGAGAAGACCUCUAUGUCUUUUGAAUCUUACUUGAAUUAUGAUGGGAAUGCCUCUAAGAGGAGAGAACGAUCAGGAGCAAAAAAAAUCAAGAAAAAAGUAAAAGAGGAUCUUGGUGUGAAACCUGUAAAGUCACCAGUAAAGUCUGUAAAUGCUCUCUCUUCAAAAAAGUUUAAGGAGUCUGUAAUGGACUGGGUCAACAUUCCUUUACCUGCGGUUCUGCCUGAGUGGGAAAACCCAACCAGUGUUGAGUAUUUUGAGAGGAAAGUGGAGAAGGACUCUGAUUACUGUGACAUGCCUGAGGAGUCCGCAGUCUUCACUGGUCAGCGUCUUAACAGGAAGAUGCAAGUCUACUCUGGUGCCAAAACCAUCUUCCUCCCAGCCAUGAUGAGCUUGUACCAACAGUGUAUCCGCACACUACAGAACAAUAUCAACUUGCUUCAUGAAACUGGUGGAGUCCCAUUUGAAAUCCUUGAGCCAGUGCUGGAGAGGUGUACCCCCGAGCAGCUGCUGCGUGUUGAAGAAUGCAACCCAAUCUAUGUCGGAGUGACUGACCAUUUAUGGGGGAGACACUGUCAGAGGGACUUCAAGGAAUUCAAACUUCAGGAGUAUGAGUCAUGGAAAGAGAUGUACAUCAGACUGUCUGAAGAGAGGGAGAUUAAACUCCAACGGCUGACUAAAAGCAUAGUCUCAGCUCAUUCUAAUAAGCCUAAAGGUCGGCAGGUGAAGAUGGCAUUUAUUCACACUGUUGCCAAGCCACCGAGAGAUGUGCGAAUUCAGCAAGAAAUUCAUGGAACUGCUGUUCAGCAGCCUCAUCAGCCCAGGUGCAGCGUCAAGGUUCAGGAGAACAGAUCAAAGCCGAGUUCUGAGCCCACCAGGUCCAGCAGCACCAGUUCAGGGGCAAGCAGUACACAAGACGCUCGCAAAAAAACCCGAGUUGCCCCAAUGAUGGCGAAGUCCUUAAAAGCAUUUAAAAAACAGCUGGGACGCAGAUAA